AUGUCGCCGUUCGAGUCCCCUCCACAUGUUCAUAUUCACGGCCGAGAACCGUCGCUUGACCAGCUCGUCAGAGAGCCUGUUUUGAUGGGAUGGCGUGACCCCAUGAAUGGACAGUACCAGCACGUGGGAUGCCUGCAGGACACUGGGCAGUCAAACAGGGGGAACCUCGUCAUGUGGAUCGGAAGGUCCUCGACCCACAGCGGACAACGUCUCCUCAUCAACUUCUGCCUUCCGUUCAGCACUCGAUCCACGCUGCACAGAUCCAAGAAAGAAAUGUUUCUGGUCGUCCCGGCUGAGCGUCUCCAUAUGGAUCUUCGCCGCGUGGAUGCCGAUGGACUGCCUGAAGGUACUCUUUCUCAGCUGAAAGGGGCUGGACCGGCAGCUUUAAGAGAAGGUGUCUUGCAGGCACGCUUUUCCCUCAGUAACCCGGCAUAUGUUGUCAUGCCAAAGCUCCGGAGGCCGUUGGCGACGCCUUUGACCGGCGUUCCGUCCAGGCUGAUGUCAUCCAUGAGGUCCUUGUCCGGCGUUCGAGAGUUCGAUGUGUACUUGUCUCGCGGGACUGUCGAGCUUGAAUUGCAGGUUAUCCGCUCCAUGCUGAACCAGGGUGAUGUCGAGACGCCGGAACUGGACUUGAAUGCCACGUUCAGCGGUGGAUUCGGCGGCGGGAAGAAUCUAUGGCAAAGCUACCCUUGCGAAGAGAAGGACAAUUCAUCGUGGAACCCGCUGAUUGAUAAUGAUCCUCCAUCGUAUGAGAAGAUGGCCAUGCAUGCAGACGUCCACGCAGACCCAUGCGCCAUCUUGAAAGAGACCAGGCAACGUCUCUGCAAGAAGCCCGCCUCUGAGAAUUUGUCGGGCGGUGUACUCAACCGCGUCAGGCCUUCUGCAGAAACUGCGCCCACGCGGAACUUGGAGCCAGAGACAAAGAGAAUUCCUGGGAUGCAUGGCCACAAGCGUAAAGUCAGCGAAGCUAUCUCGGACUACGAAAAACAACAUUUGGGGAAGCGUGAUUCUGGCGAAACUACACCGGAGAAAGUCAAGGAAGCCCCGGCCCCGGCCCAAAGAAUUGCCCCGACCCAUCAGAAACCAGCUGGUCCUCAGCCCUACCGCCAUUCUUCUGGCCCAGCAGCGCCGUAUAACAUCCCACUUGCCGGAAAAAGCAAGACAGUCAACGAACUCGAGCGCUACAAAGAACUCUCCAUCUCCCGCUCCGCAGCAACCGGACCCAACACUACAGCGCCCGCCCCUCCCGCCCACAAGACAGCGUACCACAACCGCGCCACCUCGAACCCGCUACCGCAAGCAACAAAAUCCGCACCCCUGCCCCCCCUCCCAACGCCCCCACCAUCCGCAACAGCCGACCACCAGGACACUUCGUCCACGCCCCUCCACCUCCGCGCCGCCGUCAUCGAGUGCCUGCACGCCCGCGACGCGCACUCGUCGCUGUCCGACCCGGCGCCCUUGCACACGCCGCACCUCUUCCUCGAGCUGGCCGAGUUCAUCGCCACGGCGUCGCGCAUCGACCCGCACGCGCACGAGACGCACAGCGCGCUGCUGCUCGCGCUGGGCGCCGCCGCGCGCGAGGGCGACGUCGGCACGUUCGACGCGAACAUGCGGCUGUGCCAGCAGCGCGUGCUGCGGGACGCGUGGGAGCUGCGCGGACGCGGACGCGGCGGACGCGGAGGACGGGAGGACGUGGCGGAGGAGUUGCUGGGGGAGUGUCUGGCGCUGCUGGAUUGGCUGAAUGGGAGCGUGUGCAGGAUUGCGGGGACGGUCAUGAUGGGGAUGCUGGUCGGGUUGGGGGCCGGGCUGAUGGCGCAGGCGCAGGCGUUUGGGGGGAUGGGCGGGGAUGCCGAGGAGAGGGCGAGGAGGGAGUGGGCGGAGAACUUGGCCAAGGUGAGGGCGGCGGCGUUUUGGGCGUUUGGGUAG